GUGAAUUUUCAGGUUAGUUAUUCGUAGCUGUGUGCUGUGUGGUGUUUGUUGUCAAAAGUAGAUGAACUUUCUAUAUUGUUAGUUGAUUGAAAAUUAAAACUUAAUAACAUUUGAUAUAAUGUACUGUGACGUGUUUUUUGACAUUUAUAUUCUUUUUAUUCUUGCCGAUAGAGAAAUUAAUCACGAUUUGUUCAAUUUAAAACAAUAUUAAAUAGAAGUACACCAAAGAUAUUUGAAACAUACCGAAGAUGCACUUUAAAAUACCAUUAUUAUCUUUUAUCUUUAUCACUUUUAUAAAACGUGUGUCUCCUCAAAAUGAUUUUUUCGAUGAAGAACUAAUGUUAAAACCGUUACCAAGCAAUCAUGUCUAUGCAUAUUUUCAAUUCACUACUGUUUGGGAAACAACAAAAGAUGUAACAACAUUUCAACAUUCUCAUUUAUUUCCAAGAGGACUUGGUGAAAUUAUAAGUCAUCACAAUGUAGAUGAAUUACAUCUUACGUUAACCAAAGGAUUGUGGCAUUAUCAGAAAUGGGGAUAUCCAUAUCAUGAUGCUGGUCCUGGUGCUGAAAUAACUACGUGGUUCCACAAGGAUGUCAAAAAUGUUGAUGAUGAAUGGAAAGGUUUAACAAAUGCACUAGCUGGUUUAUUUUGUGCUUCCUUGAAUUUUGUUAAUCCUGCGAAUAGUGUAUCUCCAGAAUAUACAUUCCGUCCUACAGGAGUAGUAGAUCGGUCAGGAGGAGUAGUAGAUGGUGUCAAUUCUAGUCAUUUGCGCUAUUCAUCAUUACCAAGAGAAAUAGUCUGUACAGAAAAUUUAACACCAUUUAAAAAAUUAUUGCCAUGUAAUUCCAAGAAAGGCUUGGCAACCUUAUUAAAGUCCGCAUACAUUCACAACACAAAUUAUCAUUCCAUUGGAGUACAUUUCCGAGUUAUAUGCUCUAACACGAUCUGUACUAAAACAUCGUUAGAAUUACGUCAAUCCGUUUCAUUGAUAUACGACACUGUAACAGAUGUAUCACAGGAUUGGUCAAUUCGAAAAUUUUUUGGAAUGGGUAUUAGAGGAGCAUGCCCUCUUGCUACAUUGAGCAACAUAUACAUUGACAUAUCUAGUAAUAAUACUAAUCAAAUUUAUGAAUUAGUACCGUCACCAAGUGCGAAAAUUGUUAGUCUUCGAGGAGGACAAUUAAACGAAAUAGCUGUUUAUGACAUUCGAUCGCAUUCUUCAAAAGGAAUGUUUAAUAUUCAAGUUUUAUAUAAUACUACUCACACAGCUGGUUUAAAUUAUCCUUCAAUUUUAUAUGCAAAUAGAUACAUUAUUGGAUAUGGACAAGAAAGAGGUAGUUUAGUAACAAAAAUUUACAAUAAUUACUGGCAAACACUCGAUAUAAUUUUAUUAGAAAGUAUUCCAUGGUAUUUGCCACGUUAUUUACCAGGCAAAGAACGAAAAAGCCCUUACUACUUAGAAUUCAUUUUACGUUUACCACCGCAAUCAGUAACUAAAUUCUCUAUAGAAAUGGAUUAUUCAUUUCUUAAGUGGCAAGAAUAUCCACCAGAUGCUAAUCAUGGAUUUUACAUGGGCCCUGCUAUAAUCACUGCAUUACUUCCGAUUGCAAGAAAUUAUACUCCAUUACCACUCGAUGGAAGUACUAUAACGUCAAGUUUCAAUGCUUCAAGAGAAGGUUAUCUGGUACAGUUGAGAACUGAAUCUUUAUUAAUUAGUUUACCUACACCUGAUUUCAGUAUGCCGUACAAUGUUAUUUGUUUAGCCUGUACAGCAGUUGCUCUAGCUUUUGGUCCACUUCAUAAUAUUUCAACUAAAAGAUUAGUUUUGAAACAUGUCGAAAUGGAUUGGAAGGAGAAAUUAUUAUCAUUUUUAAUGAAAAAAAUCGUUAAACCAAAAAAAAAACAAGAAUGAGAAGUGUUUGGUUUUAAGUAUGUACGCAAUUUUAUACAAAACAAAAAUUGUUCUUAAUACAUAAACAAAAAAAUGAAGUGCAAACGCGAUUAUUUUAUAAUGAGGUACAUUAACAAGAUCGAUUAUAAAAAAAUAAACGACUUUCAUUUCGAUUUUAUUUGUCCUUUCCUCAAGUUUUCUUUUUUUUUUUGCAAUAGUAUAUAAUAUAUAAAAAUGCGUCGGUUAUAUGAUAAACAUGGUUUGAUGUAUUUCUCUUGAAAAUAUCGAAAUUUCAUUGAUUUCGAUAUUUUAUUUGACAAUAUCAAAUAUUUAUGGGGAUUUUUUUUUAAUAAACAGCAAUACAAUGCAAAUAAUAAAAUGAUACAUAUAACAUUUUAUACAUUUUAUGAUCAUAUAAAAUUAAAAUAAUAAAUAUUGACAAAUAUAACGCGUAUACGAUGAAUAUUACGUAUCAAAUAAUUAUAAUUUUAUGCUGAUCUAAGAUUUCGGAGAUAAAUUUGUACAUUGUACUAUGAUACUUGUUUGUAUAAUUUUCAACAUUGUUAUUUAAAAUAUUAUCCAAUAGCCAUUCACUUCUUAAUUAAAAUUAAAAGAAAGAAGAAAAUUUUUCUAACAACGAAUCUGUUACAUUGUUGGAGACAGACUUUAUCGAAUCUUUAUUUUCGUCUGAAGAUGCAGGGAUACAUGUAUUUUCUUCCUCGUCUGAAGAGCAAAGGUCGAUCACCGCUAUUGUUUCCGACGACUUUACGCACGAUUUGGUCUCUUUAAUUGAAUGAAUGGCAGUCGUAUUAUUUCCAUCACAAGAACUUGUACUUUCAGUUAACUCUACAUUGUUAAUUUUAUUACAAGCUACCUUUUCUACGUUUUCUUCCAUCGCGUUCGUGUCAUUUUCACCACUCGGAGCUUUACGUUUCGAAGAAACAUUUGGUCUCGUUCUUUUUUCAUCUUUCGUUAUCAUUUUCUGGUUAUUAAUUGAAACAUUUGGGACAAGACACCGAUAUUUUGGUGGAUUUUGUUUAAGAUCGUGUAUUUGUUCUUGAGUUAAUCGUUUUAAAAUAACAAAAACAGGUCGACAAACAACAUAUAGUAAUUGCGAUUGUAUGCUCAACACU